AUGACCCACCACACCAACCCAAUCCACAAAGCAGCCCUAGAGAUCAAUAUGGUGAACCACAAAGCAGCCAGAGUGACUUCACAACAGGAGCCCAAAAGUCUGGAAGCAGCUGGAAGUGACACAGACAUCUUCAUGGUGAAUGGGAUUCUGGGGGAGUCAGUUACUUUCCCCUUAAAUAUCCAACAGUCACAGAAAGUUAUGAGCAUUUCUUGGAAUUCCAAAACAUCUGUCGCUUUUGUAACACCAGGAAACUCAGAAGCAGCACCCACAAUUUCCAUAACCCACCAAAAUUACCAUGAACGAAUAAAUGUCUCAGGUCAGAACUAUAACCUGGAGCUCAGAAAUCUGAGAUUGGAAGACUCAGGGAUCUACAAAGCUGACAUAAAUGUAAAGACCUCUGAAAUGAUCACCACCACCACCAGGUGCUACAAUCUUCAAGUCUAUCGUCAGCUUGGGAAGCCAAAAAUUACUCAGAGUUUAAUGACAUCUGUGAAUAGCACCUGCAAUGUCACACUGACAUGCUCUGUCGAGAAAGAAGAAAAGAAUGUGACAUACAGUUGGAGUCCACUGGGGGAAGAAGGCAAUGUUCUUCGAGUCUUCCAGACCCCUGACAACCAAGAACUGACUUACACGUGUACAGCAUGGAACCCUGUCAGCAACAAUUCUGACUCCAUCUCUGCCAAGCAGCUCUGUGCAGACAUCGCAAUGGGCCUCCAUACUCACCGCACUGUGCUGCUGAGUGGGCUGGCUGUGCUCUCUCUGCUUCUAAUCAUUCUAGCUUCAGUGAUUUUGUUCCUUUUGCACAAAAGAGGACAAGGUUCCCACUUAAAGACCUUCAGUAAGAACCCUGAUGCUGCCUCAAAGAAAACAAUAUACACAUACGUCACAGUUCCAAGAGACACCCAGACAGCAGAGCCCAGGAUCUAUGAUGAAAUCCCACAGUCCAAGGUGCUCCCCACCAAGGAGGAGCCAGUGAACACGAUUUAUUCCAUAGUGCAGUACUCUGAUAAGAUGGGGAAAACCAACACUCAGGACAGCAAACCUCCUGGGACUUCAAGCUAUGAAAUUGUGAUCUAG